AUGGCUGCCUCAGCGACCCAUCCCGGCGGCUCCACUCGCCCACGGCCGGUCGUGUGCUUCGACUUUGAUGAGACGCUCGCCGUGUGCACCGGCCACGCGGCGUGCGCCGACCCGCUCCGCCUCUUCGGCGGCGCCAGCCGGCUCGAGGCGCUGCGGUCGCUGCUCUCGUCGCUGCGCGGGCUCGGCGUGGCCUGCGGCGUGUGCUCCUUCAACUACCGCGCUGUCUUCGAGCCGCUCCUCUCCGCGGCGGGCCUGCUCGACCUAUUCGACCGCGACUUGCUCCUCGGUGCCGAGGUGUUUGAGGAGGGCGGCGCGCUGCACUCUCCGCCUCCGCGGCUGAGCGGGGUGGAUGGGCUGACCGCCGAGGACCGACGGGCGGUCGAGCGCGAGCUGUUCCGCGCGGCGUGCGCCGCCGAGAGCAAGGGCGCGGUGCUGCGCCGGCUCAUCCUCCCGCGGCUGCGAGGCGUCGGCGAGAGCGAGGAGGAUGAGGCGGUGGCGCGGCUCUCGCGGCCGCCGGUCGGGGUGGUCGUGCCUCGUACGGGGAGCGUCGAUGUCAGCGACUCUGGCGCCGAAUUUGUGCUCUUUGUCGACGACUGCGCCGAGAACCUGUGCGACGUGCGUGCCGCCAGCGAGCACUGCGCCACGCUACUCUCGCCGCCAGACGGGCUGAAGGAGAGCGACUUUGACGCCGUCCUCCUCUGGGCAAGAGGGGCGUCCGCCGGGGCAGGUGGCGGGGAGGAGGGGGUGUUCUUUGUGGGUGUGGUCGGCGACGGUAGCCGGUACUCUAGGGGCAGCCGGGGCCGAGCGGGGUCCGUCCUCCCGAACCCGAUCGCGAUGGGGGACGACUAG